AUGUCUUCCAUCGUCAACAAGGUCAAGGAUGCUCUCCACCACGACAAGUCUCACGAGACUAAGACCGGCACCCACGGUCCCCACGACAGCAAGGCUGCCAACGUCGCCGACCCCCGCGUCGACUCUGACCGCGACCACCGCGCCAACCCGGCUUCGGCCACAGGCAUGAACACCCACGCCACCAACCCCUCGAUGGCCGGCCACGGCAACGCCCACGGUGCCACCAGCACCACCGGCACCAGCGGUCUGGGCUCGACCGGCACCACUGGCACCGGCAUGACCGGCAGCCACGGCACCUCUGGCAUGACCAGCUCCAACAACUACGGCAGCUCUGGUCUUGGCUCCACCGGCUCCACCAACUCGGGCCCCCACGGCUCCAACAUGAUGAACAAGGCCGACCCCCGCGUCGACUCUGACCGUGACCACCGUGCUGCUCCCGGUGGCAUGACUGGCUCCAACAACUACGGCAGCUCGGGUCUCGGCUCGACUGGCACCACCGGCACCGGCAUGACCGGCAGCCACGGCACUUCGGGCAUGACCAGCUCCAACAACUACGGCAGCUCGGGUCUCGGCUCGACUGGCACCACCGGCACCGGCAUGACCGGCAGCCACGGCACUUCGGGCAUGACCAGCUCCAACAACUACGGCAGCUCGGGUCUUGGCUCGACCGGCACCACUGGCACCGGCAUGACCGGCAGCCACGGUACCACCGGCGGCCUCGGCAGCACUGGCCCUGGCCCCGCUAACAACACUGCCGGCCCCCACAAGUCCGACAUGAUGAACAAGGUCGACCCCCGCGUCGACAGCGAUCUUGAUGGCAGCAAGACUGUCGGUCAGGACAAGACUUACCAGAGGUCAUCUGCCACAACUGGCACUCACAUGUCAAAGGACCCUACCGAUGCCGCUCAGGUGCCUCCCUCUGUGCUCCGCAAGACCCUCGGCGACCCCGUUGUCGAGCAUGAUGACCACCAUCAUGGCCGUGAGGACCGUCACAGGCGGGCUAGCGCUCAGGAGAACUUCCGUGGCGUCUAAAGAGUUGAGGAGUACCCUUCUCGUCUCUUAAUCUGGCUUGGUUCUUCUUUUGGCAUGUAGCGGGCGCUCAGCAGUGGGAAAGAUAUAGAUCUGACGAUUUCCUUUUGCAAAACUGGGAUAUCAGUUUUCUAAUUAAUCAUGCCUGUAAUGAUACCUACGCUCCAUAUGAGCUUUCCUAAUACCAGAUGAUUAACAUUUACCUUUUUGGUCUUUUUGCGCAAUGAGUGAUGGAUGAAGUGAAACCUCAUGUUGAUUAAUGCACUUAUGACAUUAAGACUUUGUUCAUGUAAAGUGAAGAAACCAAAGGGCUAAAGGAUGAUCAGGCGUCAGCAUUAUGAUGGAUUGUGUAUGUUUUGACUUGAAAUUAUCAAGGUGUUCG